AUGGAUUGCGAAAGCCGGCUGAAGAGGUUUAAUGAAAAGGUCGAAGAGUCGUAUGACUUUCGUCCCAGCCCCAGCGAGCUCCAAACCGUUUGCACAGAUCUUUUAGAAUGUUCCAAUAGCCUGACAGCCGCAGAUCGUGUAAGAAGUCUAAAGAGCAUGGGUUACUUUUGUUUAGGUCCACAAAUAUCUUUCCCAAUGAGAAUCGAAUGCGAAAACUGUUUCAAGGCAGUUUCUGAUUCGAAAUCACUAGCCCUAAUUAUCCAGGAUCUACGCCCAAUGCUUCUACAAGUGAAAAAUAGCCGAUUAUCAGAGCAGGGAAGAUUCAAACAGCAAGAAUUAUCGGGUUUGAAUCCUAAAAAAGGUCUGGCUUUCAAAGAGGACGAAAUCCGCUCAAAUUGGGCUCAACAGGGGGGCACAAGGACUGUAUCGCUAUUUUACGUGGUUCUCGGUCAAUUGAAAAUAAAAGAUGUCUCGUCGAAUCUGGGCUGGAUAGUGCCCGGUAUUCUCAAUCUAAUGGACGACACGUCAGACCUCGAAGGUAUCAAGUUGCAAGGUGCAGUACUACUGGAACGCUUCUUGACCGAAACUGUAGGCUUUUCAUCUCAGCCGCAAUUCGACUUCUCAGGUACCGGUCUUUUCAAGGUUUUUGAGCCUAUACUUACGUCGAUGUGGUAUCAUUUCCCACAGUCUACUGAUCCUAACCUGACCAAGAAAAUCUGGGGGACAGUUUUUCCGACCCUAAUUGCCUUGUACCGCGUGGAGUUCAUCACCAGACCCGAGCUGCUCUACGAAAAUGUGAGCAAGUUUCUAUCUGAAGUGUUACUUCAAGUCACUCUUCCCAGAAUUGCCAUAAGCUAUCCUGACUUGACGAUCGAUACCGUGGAUAGAGUCGGUGCAUGUGUGCAGAUCUUGGGGGAGAGGUCUGUGAUCCACUUACAGCGAGCCAUACAUGUGUUUGGAGACUACCUGAUACGUAGCGUCCAAAUCCAAGACCUAAAGAACAUUCUACACAGCGUCUUCACCGUGCUCAAAGCGUUUAUCGACAACUGCCCUAAAGAUAGAGUCAUCGCCCACAGAUACAAUCUGUUGGCCUGCGCUUUGGUAGCGUGCGAAAGAACCCUUACAGAACAAAAACUGCAAGAAGACGAAAAUGUACAAAGAGAAUGUCGUUCCUUGAUCAAAGCUCUAGAGGUCAAAGGUGUUGUCUGGACUGAAGAGGAACGUCAACUGAUGAAAAGCAGAGUAUCAUCAUUGGAUUUAGAGAUCUGA